CUCGCGGUUCCACGGCAUGGUUCGCAUCUCUGACAACUGAGGUUUUGUGGCAGAGUUUCUGUAAUAUUUUGAGCCUCAAGCAGUCCAACCGCUGUUUUUGCAUGUUUUAUUUUAGCGGACUUCUGGAUUGUUUUGAAAACGCGCACACGGUGACACGAGUGACGGCACCUUGCCCGCGAAGUGGAGUCUCUCUAUUUUGACUUUGUUGGAGCAGCGCUUUCUUGAAGGUUCAUCAUCAGAUUGAGGAAGUCCAGAGGUUCCACAAUGACAGGACUAAUUCAGUUUUACCGAAAACCGGGGCUCUGCCCAAGUCAAAUUGAAUUCUUGAAAUCCAAGAUUGAGACGGUCGUUCAGCAGUCCAGCCUGGAAUCUGUGGUCACGGAAUUGUGCUUUUAUAUCGAAGCGGAGUCGAAAGAUUUGUCAGAGCAGGAAGAGUCGGUGCUGAAAUGGGUUUUGUCCGUGCCUUUUGAAGAAUCGUGCCUGACAAAAGACACAGGGCUCAACAAGGACGCUUCUUCACUUCUCAUUGAAGUAGGGCCAAGGCUCAACUUUUCUACUGCAUUGUCAACCAACAGUGUUGCAAUUUGUCAGUCCUUUGGAUUCACCGACAUAAAGCGCAUUGAGUAUUCCAUCAGAUAUCUGCUCACUUUCAAGGCCGGAUGUUUGCCGUCUGCUGAGGAAGAAGAGGAGGUUCUCAACUGUCUCCAUGACCCAAUGACCCAGUGCCGCUAUACCGAACCGCUGCAGACGUUUGACCUUCAUACGAACCCUGACCCUGUUUUUGAAGUUGACGUCCUUGGGAAGGGAAGGAAAGCCCUGGAGAAGGCGAAUGAGACUUUGGGGCUGGCAUUUGACCCCUGGGAUUUAGAUUACUACACACAACUGUUCCUGGAGAAAGUGCAGAGAAACCCGACCAGUGUGGAGUGCUUUGACCUGGCCCAGUCCAACAGUGAGCACAGCAGACAUUGGUUCUUCAAAGGUCGCCUGAUGGUGGAUGGGAAGGAGUGGCCAGAGUCGUUGUUCUCCAUGAUCAUGAACACACAGUCUUCCAGCAACGACAACAAUAUCAUCAAGUUCAACGACAACAGCAGUGCAAUCCGAGGAUAUGAAGUGAAGUCUCUCCUUCCUGACAGUGUUGUUGGGCCCGGCAAGUUUUCUGUGUCAGAGAAUGAAACGAGGCACGUCAUAUUUACUGCAGAGACGCACAAUUUUCCUACAGCCCUUGGAGUGGGAAGACAAGGAGGAGAAGUACCCUCCCAACUUUGCGCGGCCCCUGGACGUUCUCAUCGAGGCCAGCAACGGUGCGUCGGACUACGGCAACAAGUUUGGUGAGCCGGUGAUCACGGGGUUCGCUCGCUCAUGUGGGCUCGUGACGGCCGGCGGCGAGCGGAGGGAGUACGUCAAGCCAAUCAUGUUCAGCGGGGGUAUCGGGAUGCUGGACGGAGGUCAUGUGACGAAAGACGUGCCCGAGAAAUCCAUGGAAAUUGUGAAGAUCGGCGGCCCCGUGUAUCGGAUCGGCCUCGGGGGCGGGGCAGCAUCCUCGGUGCAGGUGCAGGGAGACAACCAGGCGGCGCGCGACUUCAGCGCCGUGCAGCGUGGCGACGCGGAGAUGGAGCAGAAGAUGAACCGCGUCAUUCGGGCGUGCGCCGAGCUGGGGGAGAAGAACCCGAUCCGCAGCAUCCACGACCAGGGGGCUGGAGGGAAUGGCAAUGUGCUGAAGGAGAUCGUGGAGCCGGCCGGCGGGGUGAUCCACGCGGAUCGCUUCCAGCUGGGCGACCCGACCAUCAGCGUGAUGGAGCUGUGGGGAGCGGAGUACCAGGAGAGUAACGCGGCCUUGGUGCGCCACAGUGACCUGCCCUUGGUCACGGCUAUCGGCCGGCGGGAGCGCUGCCCGGUCAGUCACGUUGGCACGGUGACAGGGACGGGCAGGAUUCAGCUGGAGAACUUCAGCCGAGACGUGAAAGGUGGAGACAACGGCCGGAAGCCUGUUGACCUUGAGCUGGAACAUGUCCUGGGCUCCAUGCCUCGGAAGGUGUUUGAGAUGAAGAAGGUGAAGCAAGAAUUCAGCCCUCUCGUGUACCCGGAGAAGCUGAGUGUUCGCGAUGCCCUGACCAAAGUCUUGAGACUUCCCUCUGUCGCCAGCAAGCGCUACCUCACCAAUAAGGUAAUGGGGAAACAUUAAUGGAUCUUUCUUCGU